GGUAUUGAUUUUCGUAGGAGCACCGGCAUACACGUAACUCCACCACGUAAACGCGUAUACAUGCAUCCACGACGACUGACUGGCUGGCAGCUUUUGCCAAAUAUCUGCGUAAAAUUUCGCAAUCGCAGAUUCUCGACACGCUAAAUCGACUCAUUCCUGUGUUACGCCUUCGAGAGAAUAAUACACUUUGCCGUUACUCUCUCAUUGAUCAAGUACAGAUUCUUUAUUAGCGUUCCCUGUGCACCUCGUUUUCGAAAAACAGUCGAGUCUCCAUACAAGGAGGUGCGCGAGCUGCAGAGUGAACGAAGAAGCGCGAUCAUAGAAGAAAGCUAAUCGUCAGGCACUCAACAAGAUGCCUGCUCCAACAUCAGCACCGGGUACGGUGGAGGGCCCACCUCGCACUGAAUUGCAGGAAUUACAACUAAAGGCCGAUCAAACUACAGAUGAGUCCCUGGAAAGUACGAGGCGUAUGCUGGCAUUAUGCGAGGAGAGCAAGGAGGCUGGCAUCCGUACUCUGGUCGCACUCGAUGACCAGGGAGAGCCACGAGGUCGGGAUGAAAACCCUCGUAAUGCUGGACGAGCAAGGCGAACAACUGGACAGAAUCGAGGAGGGUAUGGACCAAAUCAACGCCGACAUGCGCGAGGCCGAGAAAAAUCUGACAGGAAUGGAAAAGUGCUGCGGCCUCUGCGUUCUUCCAUGCAACAAAGGCGCCAGCUUCAAGGAGGACGAGGGCACGUGGAAAGGAAACGAUGACGGUAAGGUGGUGAACAACCAGCCCCAACGGGUGAUGGACGAUCGCAACGGGCUUGGACCUCAGGGCGGUUACAUCGCCAAGAUCACGAACGACGCCCGCGAAACGGAGAUGGAGGAGAAUAUGGGCCAGGUGAACACGAUGAUCGGUAAUCUGAGAAACAUGGCGAUCGAUAUGGGUAGCGAGCUGGAGAAUCAGAAUCGGCAAAUCGACAGGAUCAAUCGCAAGGGCGAAUCGAACGAGACGAGGAUAAAGGUGGCCAACGAGCGAGCCCAUCAACUACUCAAGUAAGGCCACUCUCGACCACUUGCACCCCGUCGGCCACCAACAGCACCAAAUACCAUCAUCACCACUAUCACAAUCACAACUACAACACUAUCAACAACAACAACAACAACAACAGUUACAAUAACAACAACAGCAAUAACAACAACAACAACAACAACACCAGUGUUUAUCAUAAAACCAGAACUAUCAGCUACAAAUAAUACAUACAAUCGAUUAAUCUUCGUUACUCAUAUACCGUUACUUACGUACUCGUAUACUUACUUAAUUUAUUUGUCACUUUAUUUGUCACAAUGUACUUAUAUUCAUCGUGAACUUAUAGUACAGACGAGUUGACAAAUAGGCGAUUGAAUACGAUCGAUAACAUCGUUCUAUGAUAUGUUCUCUUUCCGUCCUGCGUUUAAAUUUCUUUCUUUCUUUCUUUCUUUUUUUUUUUUUUCUCGUUUUUCUUUUCUUUUAUCAAUUAAUCGCGUACGUUAUAGAAAACGUCCAGAAUGAUCAUUCAUAUCAAUUUUUUACUCGCAAAGUUAAUCGAUUUAUUUGUUAUUCGAACGAUCAUCGCCUCGAAAAAGUUAUUGCCUUCUGGGAAAUAAAUUGUACCAUUGUAUGUGCUGUGCCUUUUAUUUUCAACGAAUGUUAAAAGUAAAUUCUAUUUGAAU